GAAAGUUCAUUCUCUUAAAAAAAAUCAGCUAUAUGUACAUAUCCUCUACUUGGGUUGUAAGUAACGUGCCUACAUAUUUUAUCAGUCACAAUUAAGGAUUAGUCAUAGGUAUUCUUCUCGGUUUACAACUUUUGUCUUUUUGUAUGAAUCAUAAUGUCUAUAACCAUAAAUAACAUCAAUGCAUACGGUCGCGUCGCCUGUCCUGCUUUCCCUCUACUUCCAUAAUUCCGAUUGAUUCCGUCACUGAUAAUUUUAAGCAGAUGACAGAAAUUUGAAGCCUGCUCGAAAACGGAACAGCAGCAGAAGCAGAACUGCAGAACAUGAAAACAAAUCAGAUUAAUCAGAAAAUAACUCAGUCGUUCCUUGUAUAGUGUAUUGUGUUGAUGGUAGUGUGUAUUGUAUUUCUUAUUUUAUGUACGAUCGUGUUUUAUUUUACGAUAAAUAAGCAUAUUGUGAAAGUGACUACUCUGCUAUUUAAUUAAUCAAAAUGACUGAAUCAAAUGAAUCUGAACAAGUCAUCAUGACGCCGAAAUGUAAAACUGCCAAUUCCACCACCCUCAUCAUCGAAAGGAGGAAAAUUGUGAAAACAGACGAUAAAAUGCAUGUAGCCGGAGGGGAACAUACAGGGAUUAUUAUUAAUAAAGAAGCUUCUACAGCGAAUGGCGAAUCGGCUCCGGCACAGCUCUCUUUAGAAUUCAGAGUAUUUUUAGUAAAUAAGGAAACAGGUAAACAUACGCCUGAAUCUCGUACCUUAAGGUUCUGGUUUAGGCCUGCGAAGGCCGACCAAGAUGAUGUCGAUGGAGAACAGGCUGGUACCGCUCAGGACUUUUUCCGAGAGUUGGUCAGUCCUCAGGAAUUUCCUAGAGAUUACGUCGGUUUUAUAAAAAAAAUAAUGAAACUGAUGCAGCACAACUACCAAAGCAUAAUCAAGUUAGAAGUAGAACUGAAGCAACUGCAAGAACCUGUCGAGGUCCCAUCUAGGCCACUAUCCACAGAAGAGAAUUCGCUGGGCAACAUAGUGGUGCUUACGAUUGAAAAAGUUUUAGAAAUAAUAGAAUCGUCAUAUCCUAACCCCAUUACAAUUAAAGAUGUAGCCAAAGAAAAUGGUUGGGACGAAGAAGAGGUGGCUCAGUGCCUUGCCGCCCUCCAGUCCCGACAGCUGGUAAAAGCCAUGGACCACGGAGCCUUUACAAGGCAACAAUCGCAGCAAGACUCCCACCAAGUAACCAUUGUGAAACAAAUGCCAACGAUGGUAAGCUCAAAGCAACCGAGUAUUGCUAUUAUCACCGCUCAAUAUUGUGAAAAGUUGGCUGUGGACGCUAUGAUCGAGAAUAAAGAGACUUUCGUUCGGUACACUACGAUCGGUCCAACCAGUCCGACAGGAGAAACGAGACCACGAUUCGGUGAAUCCAACGUGUACACUUUGGGCAACAUAGGGGCCCACAGAAUCGUCUGCACCAAACUGCCGACAGUUGGGCAUACCCGCGAGGCUAUGACGGCUGCGGGAAAUACAACAACUCGACUGCUGGGCACGUUCCAAAAAGUCGACUACGUGUUUUUGGUCGGUGUAGGUGGUGGUGUACCGCAUUACACCGACUACAACAGGCACGUAAGAUUAGGCGACGUGGUAGUUUCUUGUCCUACGAAAAACAAGAGCAUCUACUUGUACUGCGGAAACGCACGUGCGACGGACAAAGGUUACGAGUACGAAAUAAAACCAUACAGUCCUUCCAACUUUAAUCUCCAAGAAAUCGCAAUGCAACUGAAAUCGUCAGCGGAUCAGGACGCCAGCUCUACCCCGCCGUGGCUGAACUACCUCCACGACGGCUUAAACAUUCUGAGUAGCCAAAACGAACCAGACUUCAGGGCGCCUAGUAGCAGCACCGAUAAGUUGUAUAUGAGUAUCGGUGAAAGGGAUUUGAUCGAGGUCGCACACCCCACGCCUCAGGACAAUGCUAUAAAAAGGCAAGAAGGCUGUCCGAGGAUCCACCUAUCUCCAAUCGCCUCGGGCCGCAUGGUGGUCAAAGACGACCGUCUGCGGCAACAGUUCGCGGCUCAAGUGGGCGCCCUCGCUUUCGACUGCGAAUUCGACUCUGUGAUCGAAUCGAUCCUGGGCAACUGCAAGGAUAGCUUCAUUUGCAUCAGGGGAGUGUCGGAUUACAAGGACGGCACUAGACGAAAGGAAUGGCAGCCGUACGCGGCCCUGGCCGCAGCGAGCGUGAUGAAAUCGAUUAUUUGCGGGAUGGAAGCACCGACAAACGUUUAACGUUAUCACUAACGGUCUACUCAAUUCAGUUUCUUAUGGUGCCUGUUAGGCCUAAAUCAAUAUAUACAAUAUUUUUUAUCAACAACUUUACUUUAAGUCAACGAUUAAUAUUCUUCAGGGCACAUAUUUUCAAUUAAUUGGCGUACUAUCCCAUUAUUGUGAACUAACUGACUGCCAGUGAUAAAAACACGUGUUUGAAAAGUCAUCGAUAAAUUAAUUAAUCAUUAAUUAGUAGAUUUAGGUAUGAAUCGAUAUAUGUAAGAUCAAAAAAACAUUUUUAGAUGAAGACUAGGUUCUGGCCUUACACUCAGAGUUAUAGCAUGUUAUUCGAAAACUUUUAAUAUCUAUGAAAAGUUUGUAGAAUUUAAAAAUUUAUCAAAGUUACCGUGAUUUAGUGAUCCUAGGAAAUCUUCACGUCACCAAUAAAUGAAUGGAGACUGUGUAAUUUUAGAUGUAGGAGCAAAUUUCCGCCUAGAGAACUGAACGAACGUAGUAAUUUUGUUUUUAAAUAAACGACUGAUAAUUUAUAUAAAUUAAUUGACCAACAGUUAGGGUUACCAGAUCCGGACGCGUGAUCAGCAAAUUUAAAAAGUGACGUGUUAAACCGCUAAGAUGCUAUUGAUUUACACUUAUUCACUCUAGAUUCUUCUGUAGCUCGUUCAAAAGCGGCAAAUUACAAAUUUCUUUAUAACAAAAAGUAAUUCGAGUUCCAAACUCAUUCCAUUUUAUAGAAUAUGUGCGUUAGAACGGAGGAAAGUCUGUUAGCGUCUCUGUUUAGACAGAGAUGCAGACAAAGGUCAGUGAAGACGUCAAAAUAAAUUUUGUCUGUUGAAGCGUUUUCCUGGCCGAUCGGGCCACAGCGGGUCGUUAUUUUGCCGUUAGGCACCAGUUCCGAUUUUUCAGACACUACUUUCGCUUUAAAACUAGAUUUGAACAUUUUCAAUUUUCUGUUUACAUUAGCGGAGACCCACGGAUUCAAAUAGCCUGUGCAGGCUUCACCCAGCGUUAGAUCGCCAUAGCUCAUUUUGAAAACUUGCGACUGCGAAGCCGAAGAUCUGCGGUUCUAAUCGUGAGUGGGUCCCAUUUUUUCUUUUUUUUUUUUUGAAAAAUGUUAUAUAUUAUUUAAAUAUUUACUUACAGAGAAUGCACCACAGAGCGGUGCUCGGGGGCCGAAGGCUCGAGAAAAAAGUCAAGUCCGCUUCAAUGGACUUGCCUACCUUUCUAGUGUAAUUUUAAAUAUCGACUUUUGUAUUUUUUAUUACGCUGUAAAAUAAAAAAAUUACGUUUCAACGAGCAAAAAAUUUAGGAUAAGUCUAUUACAUAAAAAAUAUUAAACUAAAAGAUUUGGUAGAUGAAAGGGUCAUUUUCGACGUUAAUCUAGAUGAAUAAAAAGACCCAGAUCGAGAAACAGCAGAUCUUGACGCACAAUAAAUUCACUAACUUGCAAUUACCUGAAAGAUAUGCAUAGGCAGAUUUUAAGAGACACCCGUUCGAAAUUGGAUAAUCUUGUACCAUUAUUUUCACGAGUAGAAUCUAAUGCUCAUAAUUUCUCAACACCCUGUAUACAGGAUACCAGGGAUUAGCCUGUAAAGGAUAUGUCCAAGCGAAAAGGAUGUCUGGUAACCCUAGAAUUAUGUACAACACUGACGAAAGAAAUUAACACAUUACUUGAAAUUUCUGAGAAGUUUGAAUUUCAAUAUUUUCUGACACAUACAGGGUGGUCAGUUUUAAGGUUUACACCGUUGGUAUCCCUUGAACUAGAAGAUUUACAGCAAAUGAUACUUUGUUUACUUUUAAACAGAAACGUCAAAAUUUUCAUUUGUUUUUUUCAUGGCCACUACGAUUAAAUCAAAUAAAUCAUAAAAUUGGUCCUUAAUAAAAUCUAUUCACUCAAGUGUUAUACAUCGUUAAACUCAAAAUUUAAUGCUUCAUAUACUGACGCAAAAAUCCAAUAUGGCAUCCAUAAAAAAGUUGAAGGUUUAUGCAGGGGCGGCUUUAGAUAAAAUUUUCUCCCGGGCGAGAAGGUAAUUUGGCCCCUUUAAACCAAAAGAAUAAUUAGAGAAAAAUAAUCGCUUCGUGGUAACGAUGUUUCUGUUGCAGUGUAGCCUACACUAUAGAUACUGUUCAUGUUUGAAUUUUUAAUUUUCACCUUUGAUUUGGUGCCCUGGGCAGUCGCCCGGCCCUUAAGCCACCCCUGGGUUUAUGAAAACAUAAGGAUCUAGGAGGCCUAGAAGAUAUUUUAAUUUAACAGAUAGAGUAUAUGGCCUUGUACGUACCGAUUUUUAUAACUCGAUAAUAAAAAAGUUAUGGAAGAAGAAAAGACAAGUUUUCAGCUUAUUUCAGGAACGAUGCAACUUAUCUCCAAUUUCUUUCCAUAAUCCGAAACGGCAUGAAGAUAUUGAUAUUUUUUGUAAUUUAACCAACCCUGUAAACAUUCUAGUUCAGGAUAUACCAAUAAUGUACACAAAGUGCCCAUUUUUUUUGUUGUGAAGUGAUAUGCGGCGCAAAUUGUACUAAUUUUCAGUCAUGGUUCAAUUUUGAUCAAUAUUUUGUAUUAUUUUGAAAACGAAGUUUUCCGGGAUUUUGAUAACACCCUGUGGAGUACACCAACAUUAUCAGCAAAUCCAAACAAUAAUCACACACUGUAUCCUGAUCUGUUUUUAAAAUGGGAUUUUUAAAUUCACCUUAUCUCUAUUAUUAAAGGAAACAUUUAUUUUAAACUGUGUGAAAUUUUAUUUGAAAUGUGUACGAAAAAAAUUAAAUUGAUUUAAACUUUCAUGACGAGACCAAAAGGGCUAAUAUUCAGUGCUUCCUGCUCUUGCUCGAAUAAUUGCCUGACGUCUAUGCAUAAAAAACUUAAGUUUUUACUUACAAUAUUUUUCAGGCAACAGAAUCUUGCAGUUUUAAAUUUAAUUUAAUUUUAAAUGUGAAUCAAAAACGAGCAUUUUAAGAACAGAUUACAUGACAGUGUGAUUAUUGUUUGUAUUUGUUGACGGUGUGCUCCACAAGGUGUUUCAAAAAUUCUAUAAUAAUUUAUUUCCAAAAUAACGCCUAAUUGAAUCCAGACAAAAAGUCAAUACAAUAUUAAUAAUCCCCACAAAUCACUCUAGAAUCUAAAAAAAAUCAUCGUAUUCGUAUAAAUACGUCAGAAAAUAUUGAACGUCAAACUUUUCAGAAAUUUCAGGAUGCGUUAAAUUUUUUCGCUACGCUGUAUUUUAAAAUUUCCAUGUUUUUAUACCUGUGUUGAUUAAAAGUACGUAUGCAUUUUAAAUUUAUUCCAUAAUUGUUUUUACUUGCCAUAUAUUUUUAGUCGGGCCGAUGUAUUGGCUGAAAUAAUGCUAUUUCUUUAUGUAGUCGGAUGUUAACUAAGUCUAUUUUAUUUGUAUUUAUACACAAAUAUAUCCAUUGUUUUCUGUAAAAGAGUAAUAUAUUCCAUUAUUUUGUAA